GUGCAGACAUGGCCAAGUCAAGAACCACACCACACACAACCAGCCCCGCAAAUGGCACAGAAACGGCAUCAAGAAACCUGGUCACAAAGAUACGAGUCUCUUAAGGGGGUGGACCCCAAACUCUUGAGGAACAUGCGCUUUGCCAAGAAGCACAACAGGAAAGGCCUGAAGAAGAUGCAGGCAAACAACGCAAAGGCAAUGAGUGCACGAGCAGAGGCCAUCAAGGCCCUUGUGAAGCCUGCGGCUGUUAAACCCAAGAUGCCAAAUGGCCCCAGGUGCAAACUCAGCCGUCUGGCUUUCAUCACUCACCCCAAGCUUGGGAAGCGGAUUCGAAGCUACAUGGCUAAGGGUCGUAGGCUCUGCCAACCAAAGCCCAAGGUUCAAACCAAGGCAGAGGCCACAGCUCCAGCUAAGACCCAGGCUUCAGCUCCAGCUCAAGCUCCCAAAGGUGCCCAGGGCCCUGUGAAGGCCCGGUAGGAAAGGCUUCUGCUAAUGUGAAGACAGACGGACUGGUGUGACACACCCACCUAUACACUAUUUACAGAUGACCAGGGUCCUAUGCUGUUUUUACAAAUAAAUCUGAGGCAAGAUGUGUUA